CCCCCCCCCCCCUCCUCGCCCUACUCUUCACUUCUCCAUUACCUAUCUCACCUUCCCUCGGGGCCAAUUUGUCUUCUGCCAUGCAGUCUGAGGUCUAUCUGUCCUCACAUGGCCAGGAUGCACGCACCAUCGCCCUCAAGCCCUGUCCAGGAAGCCGUUUCGACUCUUCCGCCGACCAGGGUCACGUCCUCUAUCUGGCCCCACACCAUCAACCCACGCCCAACGGGCUACCCCAGGUCUCAGUCCGGCUCGAGCCUGCUGCUGAUUUCCACCCGGGCUUCUACCGCAAAGUCCACAGUCGACCGGUCUAUGGCUGCCUUGGCCUUAUGCACCAUGCACAAGACACUUUUAUUGCCCUCGUAACAGGAUGCGUCAAGGUCGGUGACCUUCGACUGGGCGAAACUGUCUACAGGAUUGUAGCCGUCAAGUUCUUCUCCCUCACAGGGAAUACGCCUGACGAGGACAUGAUCCCAGCACCCUACAAUCCAGAGACAGCUAGCGAGAACGAAGGCCCGACCAUGAUGCCCCACCCCUGUCGCGACCUUGAAAAAGUCCUCUGCAACGGCGCCUUCUUCUUCUCACCACAGUUCGACCUCACCCGUUCGAUCCAGUCGCGGUAAGUCGUCGUUGUUUACUUCAAUCAUUCAAUACGUUUACAUUACGGCGCGCAGGUGUCUAUAGCAUCUCUGUUUAUUGUGUUUAUUUUCGUGCUUCGUCCAUAGGGCACUCAAGCUGCACGAGAAACAGAGCGCCGAGUCAAAUCUUAACUACGACGAACGAUUCCUGUGGAACAUGUUCAUGUUGAAGGAGCUGCUCGUCUUCAGAUCACAUCUGGAUGAACAGGAGCGCGAAGAGCUG